AUGGACGCGCUCGACGCGACGCAGCUCUCCCGCUGGACGCGCUUCGCGGCCAAGGGCGGGAUCGGGCGCGCGACUGCGCUCGUGGACUAUGUCGCGGAGCAGGCGCAGGAUUUGAUGUUUCUCAAGGGCGACGAGAUUGUCGUGCUUAUGAAGUUGGAGGAGGGCGGGGACGUUUAUUUGGGCCACUGCGAAGGCGUGAUCGGCCGCUUCUCCGCCUCGAACGUCCGCUUCCACUCGAAACUCAAAACGCCCGUCCGCACGCGGCGCUCCUCCCUCGCCAAAUCGACCGCUUCAAAUUCAACCUCGCGCCCUCUAUCUUCGACGUCCACUUAUGCGUCGGGCUCGGGGUCGUUGUCGCGGCCGGCGAGCAGGGACGAGAUCAGGGCUGUGAGCGUUACGAGUCCUGUGCCGCUCGCUACAUACGCUGCUGCGGGGGGCGUGAUUGGGGGGAGUCCGGGGCGUGAGGAGUUCGGCGGUGUUGGUGCCAGUACGAGCGAGAGCGGGCAGAGCAUCGCAGCGAGCGGGAGUGCGCCGACGCUGAGCACCUCCGCGUCCGACAACGGCUCGCUCUCCCUCGGCCCCUCCUCAACCCCCACCCCCACCUCCACCUCUGCCGCAAUAUAUACAACCAGUCACAAUCCGACGCCAAGCCUAUCCUUCUCGUCCUCAUCCUCGACGCCAUACUCGCCCCGCACACCGAUCGACGCCGCGCGCGUCUUCGGGCACGAGCGCGGGGCGUUCGGGUACGAGAAGGGAGCUGUAUAUGGACAUGGAAAGAGGCCGAGCGAGGCGUCGGGGUAUUCGCAUGCGAGCAGCGCGAGUGCGAGUUAUUCGGUUCAUGCACCGCCGCCGUUCCCGGUGCAUUCAAAUGCGGCGGGGAGUCCGGCGGCGAGCGCGCGGACGUUCGGGCAUAAGCCUACGGCUUCGUCAGUCUACUCUGUGAGAGAGGUGGACGAGAGUCGGAGCGUGUAUAGUCAGGAUAUGGAUGAUGGGGGGAGCGUGUACAGCCAGCGCAGCGGUCGUAUCGGCGCCGACGGGGAUGGAGAUGGGGAGGGAGGGGAGCGGACGUCGCUCGUCCGCACCGCGUCUCUGAGCACACUCGACGGCGAGAGCCUCCGCGCGCGCGACUCAAUCCUCCGAAGACGAAAUGGGGAGGGAGAGGGAGAAGGGGAGCGGACGUCGCUCGUCCGAACCGCGUCUCUAUCAAGCGCAGACCGCGCGUCGUUGGUCCGGCGCUCGAUCUCGAUGUCGAUGUCGAGCUUCGAUCGUGCGAGUGGGCAUCGGAGAGAAGAGGAAGACUCGAAUGUUGAGGUGCAGGGGGAGGGGGAGGG